ACUCGUCGGAGAUGCCGGCCUCGAUCCCUCCUCCGAGUUUGGCCGCUCCUCUUCUCUUGUCCCUCGGAAUCAUCCCCUACACAGACCGCUGAAGAGUAAGCAAAAGAGGAGAGGAGUGGGGAAGUCUUGGAUACUGUUUCCAUAUCGUCGACACGCGGUAGGUGGAGGUUGGUGGGUGUGGGCCGUCGCAUUUUCCUCCGCACCUCGCUUCGGUGAACAGCGCUCGUCAAAGAUCUCAAAAUAUCUUUAGAAAAUCUAUCUUCUCUCUAUCUUCUUGUAUUGAUCGUGAUAUGGACGAACACGUGGCUUUGGAUUGCGAUGUUCCAAAUUUUGUGGGGUUUGGGCCUGCUUACAUUUUUCCCCUUUUUCCACUGUCGGCGCCGAACACCCUCGCCCCCCCCUUAAUCCGUUUCUGAGCGUUUGGGCUUGUGGAUUGGUGGGGCUGCUUCCUUGCAUAUGAAGCAAAUUCUUCAUCUGGUUCUUCAAGCAACUGAGGAUUGCUGGAAAGGUGAGAGAUUCUUUUUGAAUAGGUUGGAGGAAUGGCAGGGAAAGGAACUACUGUUGCUAAGAACUACUUUGUGCUGAACACCGGAGAUAAGAUUCCUGCCAUCGGGAUCGGAACAUGGCAAUACGGAGGCGACCUCUGUGUGGAAGCUGUGGCGACUGCGUUGACGGUUGGGUACCGCCACAUCGACUGCGCCCAUCUCUAUGGGAACGAGGUCGAGGUGGGGAAGGCGCUGGCCGUGGCUUUCAAGGGUGGAAUCAAGAGGGACGAUUUGUUCUUGACCUCAAAACUGUAUUGUGCGACUAAUUCGCAUAAGAGGGUCGAGAAUUCUGUGAGAGUUUCGUUGAAGAGCCUGGGGGUCUCCUACUUGGAUCUGUAUCUUGUGCAUUGGCCUGAGUGUUCGGCUUUCGGGGAUGCCACUGAUCCUUCAUGGAAAUCGGCAAGUGAGUAUCGUCAGUUCUCACAACGGUUAAAGCCGACAUGGGAGGCCAUGGAAGGUCUUGUGCGGACCGGGCUUGUUCGUGCCAUUGGUGUUAGCAAUUUUGACAUUCACCAGAUCAGAGAAUUGCUCCAAUUUGCAAAAAUUGUUCCAGCAGUCAAUCAGGUGGAGUUGCAUCCAUUCUGGAGGCAGGAUGAACUAGUGAAAUUCUGUCGAGAGAAAUGCAUCCAUGUAUCUGCUCAUACUCCACUCGGAGUACCCACCUCUCGAGUGGUUCCAAUGACCAGUCCCGGUCUUUCUGACAGUGGAUCAGAGGAUGAAUCUGGAACUCCUAGAAUAACAUUCCGAAGGUCAAGAUCAGUGCAUGGACCAAUGAUGCAACUUUCUGUCGUUGCAGAUAUUGCAGAACAACAUAACAAGACACCAGAGCAGGUCAUUCUGAGGUGGGGACUACAGCGAGGAACCAGUGUCCUGCCAUGCAGCCUAAAUUCUGACAGGAUCAGGGAAAACAUAGACAUCUUCAAUUGGUCACUGACAGAUGAGGAAUGGAAUAGGAUGAACGGGAUUGAACCACAGGUAUGUCUUUUCGGAAACGGGCCUGUGAACACAUCCGAAACUGGCUUUGUUCCAGCAACUGGUCCUCUUCAGGCCGUGCAUGAGAUUGAAGAUGACACUGAGUAAUUCUAAAGGCUUCUAUUCAUCCAAGCUCAGAUACUGUAAUCUCUUAUUUUAGAAGGCAGCGAAUUUGGCACAGCUUUCUGCACACAUGUUAUGUCUGUCCAUGAAUCUAUCUGUUCAACAGACAAAUAUCAUUUUGUAACUUUGUUUGUUGUUAGUGUAAAUUAAGGAAAUUACAUCA